AUGUCAGGACAUAGGAAACUCAUGGAUUUCGGAAAUGAACAACGGAUUUCACCUAGGGUCUAUCAAUUGGCUCAAAUAGUUUAUCGGGAGUUUGAGAUUAUGAAAACUAUUUGUGGCGAAUCCUCGUAUGGAAGAUUGGUGCCUAUUGUGAUCAGUAUUCUAGAAGAGAUGGACCUUUUAAUUCUGGAGAAGCAGAAGUUGGAUCUUGAUUUAAAUCUGCUAACUGCUGAGAAGAAUGAUCUUUCUGUCCAGCUAUGUCGUCAAAAAGAGCUUUAUAUGGCCUCAAAAAGGCAUAUUCACUGUUUAGAAGACGAACUUCUUGGAAUGAAAAAAGAGACGGAUAAAAAGUUGGGAGAACUGGAAGACAGUCUCAGACACUAUCGACUUCUUACCAAAAAUGCUAAUGACCACAUCUUUAGAUUAGAGGAAAAGGAACAAGACCUCAAAUCAGAAUUGUCUGCUCAAAAUGAAAGAUACACUAAACUACUUAAAAUUUAUGUGGAUUAUAUUGAAACAAAUAACUUAUCAGUGUCAAGUCAGAAUUUCGAACCAGGAACAGUAUGUGUUGGUCACAAGACGGAUAUGAAAUCGAAUGAUCCAGUGCUGAGAUUGACUACCGAUUCGCCUCCUACGGAUAAUAAUUCACAUCAAAAUCCAAACGAGUCUGGUGAUGUUUUAAAGAAUAACACUAUGAACUCUCCAAAUAUCGAUGUUGACUUAACACAAUGUGAACCCAAUGCGAACAUAUCAGCAUCACUCAUUGAUACCCUGAAGGCAAACAAUCGCACUUCCUCUUUCAUUGAUCUAUAUGAAGACACUGUAGAUUAUGAGAUAGCUUUGGAGUCAGUUUCAAUCGCAGGACCUGGAGAUGAUGCUGAAGAUGUCGGCAUGAUUAAAGAAGUUGAGAAAUUAAUUAAAGAAAAUAACGAUCUACAUGAAACAAAAAACGCUUUAAAUGUUUUAAAAGAUGACCUCAUUCGAAAACUAGAUGAAGUGACAGGCGAGAAAGCUAUGUUAAUUCAGGAAAUGCAUGGCGUACGUAUGGAUCGGGAUAGUAUAAAAUCUGAAGCCAAUCGUCUGUCACGUUUGAUUUAUGAAUGUCGUGAUCAAAUAUCCAGUCUAACUGCACGUCUUAAGGUCUAUGAAGAUGUUAAUGAAGUCGAUCGGCAUUCAUCUAGAUUAUAUCGUGGACCAAUACAACAGUCCAAGUCUUGUUGGACUUUAAAUGUUGAAGAUCAUAGUGAAAAUGAAAAUUACGCAUCGAAAUCUCGUAAUAAAUCUGUAGAUAAUCUGAGUGAUGUUUUGCCAUCAAAUGAUUUAAUUAAAAAUGAAGAUGGAAAUAAUCCACGCGCUUCCGUUAAAAAAGUAUCGAAAUUUGGUGAAGCGUGUUUUACAAAAAGGGAGAUGGCUCGUGUAAUAGCCGAGCGCAACAAUUACAAAGAAAAGUUCUUGGAAUUACAAGAUGCAGUGCGUUUAGCUGAACGACUCCGAGGAGAUCGUGAAUCUCGUGUGCACCAAGUUUCAACGAAUACUUAUUAUGGUAGAGUUGUACCAAGAUCUCCAAGUAUUUCUGAGUCAUUUUUUUCGGCUGUUCAAUCUAGUUUAAGUGAAUUAUUCUCAAGUUUUGACCAAGGAGUCCCUUUAGCUUCUGCUUUACCAUCAGAAGCUCAAUGUUAUGGUCCUUAUCAGUUUGACAAUCACAACUAUUCUAAUUCGCAGUCGUCAAAUAAAUAUACCAAUUCUCCAGGUGCUAGAAGGAGAAAAUCUCUUGGGCUAAGAAGCAUGUGA